GGAACUGUCCCCGGGGCGCACAAGCAGGAACCCGGCGCUGUUAGAGCGGGCGUGAGCUCAGCUGGUCACAGAGGCCACCGGCGGCUGCAGGAGGUCACCGAGGGACCCCAAAGCUCUCGAGCAGGGACCCGCAGUGCGGGUUAUGCUGGGGGCUCAGAUCACUGCAGACAACUGAACAGUCAGCACAGCGCCAUGGGGGACUUCCAGGAUAAUGAAGAGAGGCUGGAGGAGAAUUUAGGGGUGCAGGACUAUGAAGACCAAGCUCCCCCCACGAUCAGGGAGGAGGACCCAGAAGCUCAGCUCACUGAGCCAACGGCCACCGACUACCACACUGCAUCGCGGCACCUAGACACCCAUAAGUUACCUGAGCAGCUGCAGAUUGGUGUGGAGCUGCGGGAACUGGUGAUGGAUGAAAAGAACCAGGAGAUGCAGUGGAUGGAGAGAGCGCGGUGGGUGCGGCUGGAGGAGAACCUGGGGAAGGAUGGGACCUGGGGCCGCCCACACCUGUCUUACCUCACCUUCUGGAACCUGUUAGAGCUGCAGAAAGCCUUCACCAAGGGUACUGUCCUCCUGGACCUGCCAGAGAAAUCCCUGCCCGGGGUGGUCGUGCAGCUGCUGGACAGGUUUAUCUUCGAGGGGCAGAUCCGGCCUGAACACCGAGAGCCCCUGCUCCGGACCCUGCUGCUCAAACACAGCCACGCCAGAGAUAUAGAGGUCCUGGGGGAGAUGAAGCCUGCGCUCUUGACACCUGCGGGCCCUUCGCAGCCUCUGCUCCCACAGCAGCCUUCGCUGGAAGUAGAGCUCUUUUGUGAACAGGGAGAGGGGAGCAUGGAAGGCCACUCAUCUGAAAUCCUGGGGAAGAGCCCUGAGAACCUGGACACGCUGGUGCUGGUGGGCCAAGUCUCCUUCCUGGAGCGGCCGGUGCUGGGCUUCGUGCGGCUAAAGGAGCCCAUGGAGAUGGAGCAGGAGACGGAGCAGGAGAUGGAGCAGAAGCCAGAGGAGACAGAGGCGCUGGCAGUGCCUCUGCGCUUCCUCAUGGUGCUGCUGGGACCGGAGGACCCUCAUAUUGACUACAAUCAGCUGGGCCGGGCUGCUGCCACCCUCCUGUCAGAGAAGGUGUUCCACGCUGAGGCACGCGUGGCUCAGAGCAAGGAGGAGCUGGUACAUUCUCUGGGGGGCUUCCUAGACUGCAGUCUGGUGCUGCCGCCCUCAGACACCUACUCGGAGAAGGACCUGCUCAGCCUGAUACCUGUGCAGAGGGCACUGCUGAAAAGACGCAAACUCCCCAGUCCUGCCAAGCAGGAACCCAGCUUCUACAUGGGCCUAGACGUGGAUGGGGGCAUAGAAGACAAAGACGACCCUCUGAGGAGGACGGGCAAGCUUUUCGGGGGCCUGGUGCGUGACAUCCGGCGCCGCUACCCGCGCUACUUGAGUGACAUCACAGACGCCUUGAGUCCCCAGGUCCUAUCUGCCAUCAUCUUCAUCUACUUUGCCGCCCUGUCGCCUGCCAUCACCUUCGGCGGCCUCCUGGGAGAAAAGACCCAGAACCUGAUGGGCGUGUCGGAGCUGCUCAUCUCUACGUCAGCGCAGGGCAUCGUCUUCUCCCUGCUGGGGGCUCAGCCCCUGCUCGUGGUGGGCUUCUCAGGACCCCUGCUCGUGUUUGAGGAAGCCUUCUACUCGUUCUGCCAGAGUAACGGCCUGGAGUACAUCGUGGGCCGUGUGUGGAUUGGCUACUGGCUCAUCUUUCUGGUGGUGCUGGUGGUGGCCUUUGAGGGCAGCUUCCUGGUCCGCUUCAUCUCUCGCUACACCCAAGAGAUCUUCUCCUUCCUCAUCUCCCUCAUCUUCAUCUUCGAGACCUUCAAAAAGCUGUACAAGAUCUUCGAGGAGCACCCACUGAAGAAGGAUUAUUCUGCGGCAGGGCCGUCCCAACCCAACACAGCCCUCCUCUCUCUUGUGCUCAUGGCGGGCACCUUCUUCUUAGCCAUGCUGCUGCGCAAGUUCAAGAACAGCUCCUACUUCCCUGGCAAGCUGCGACGGGUCAUCGGGGACUUUGGGGUUCCCAUUUCCAUCCUGAUCAUGGUCUUGGUGGAUGUCUUCAUUGAGGAGACCUACACACAGAAACUCAGCGUGCCUUCAGGCUUCACUGUAUCCAACUCCUCUGCCCGAGGCUGGCUCAUCCACCCGCUGGGCCAGGGUGGCUCAUUUCCCAUCUGGAUGAUGUUUGCGUCCGUCCUGCCUGCCAUGCUGGUCUUCAUCCUCAUCUUCCUAGAGACCCAGAUCACCACGCUGAUCGUCAGCAAACCAGAGCGCAAGAUGGUCAAGGGCUCCGGCUUCCACCUGGACCUGCUGCUGAUCAUGGGCAUGGGUGGGGUGGCCGCCAUCUUUGGGUUGCCCUGGCUCAGUGCCACCACCGUGCGUUCUGUCACCCACGCCAAUGCCCUCACGGUCAUGAGCAAGUCCAGCAUCCCAGGAGCUGCUUCCCAGAUUCAGGAAGUCAAGGAACAGCGGAUCAGCGGGCUCCUGGUCGCUGUGCUCGUGGGCCUGUCCAUCCUCAUGGGGCCCAUCCUGUCCCACAUCCCCCUGGCUGUGCUGUUUGGCAUCUUCCUCUACAUGGGGGUCACGUCACUCAGUGGCAUCCAGCUCUUUGACCGCAUCUUGCUUCUGUUCAAGCCGUCCAAGUACCACCCGGAUAUACCCUAUGCCAAGCGGGUGAGAACCUGGCGCAUGCACCUGUACACGCUCACCCAGAUCAUCUGCCUCGUGGUGCUGUGGACGGUGAAGUUCUUCCCAUCCACCUCGCUGGCCCUGCCCUUCGUCCUCAUCCUCACGGUGCCCCUCCGCCUCUUCCUGCUGCCACUCAUCUUCAGGAAACUGGAGCUCCAAUGUCUGGAUGCUGAUGAUGCGAAGCCCAACUUAGACGAGGAGCACGGUCGGGAUGAAUAUGACGAGGUGCACAUGCCUGUGUGAGGGGGGGCCCGGGCCCCGGCGCCCCCUCCACCGUUCCACGGGCCCACUCUCCCAGGAAAAGCAGAGGCUCAUGGGCACCUCCUGGACUCCCAGGUCCCUCCGGGGGAAGCAGCUGAGGUCCGGGGGCCAUGGGUUAGGGGGAAGGAAGGGGUGUCUAAGAAACCUUCCGUGAAGGGUAGGCUGGCUUUUCUGGCAGGAAAUGGCCAGUGGGGUCCACAGCAGGGGAUUUACCGUGCAGUCCCUUCUGGGGCCACACUGCCACUUGGGGGGUCCCACGCCAGAAGACCUAGAUCUGAGCCCUCAUGGCACAGACAGGAGCAGUGAUGGGGGUGGAGGGAGGGCGCUAGGGGAAGGGUGGGUAUUCAAAUUCCUAUUUGCUGUGUGACCUUGGGCAAGUCCUUGGAUCUCUCCAGCCUCUGCUUCCUCAUCUGUAAAAUGGGUAUAUCAAUAAUCACAUACCCACAUUACAGGAUGGUUUCUGAGGACCAAAGAUAAAUGUGAGGAAAGGGCUUUGGGAGUUCCUGUCAUGGCAGAGUGGUUAACGACUCCGACUAAGAACCAUGAGGUUUGGGGUUCGAUCCCUGGCCUCGCUCAGUGGGUUAAGGAUCCGGCGUUGCCAUGAGCUGUGGUGUAGGUUGCAGAUGCGGCUUGGAUCCUGCGUUGCUGUGGCUCUGGCAUAGGCCGGUGGCUACAGCUCCAAUUGGACCGCUAGCCUGGGAACCUCCAUGUGCCGUGGGAGCGGCCUUAGAAAAGGCAAAAAAGACAAAAGAAAAGAAAAGAAAAGAAAAGGGCUUUGUAAAAUCUAAAAAGCUAUUACACAAUAGUCUUCGAUUCUUCCUCAAGCCUGCCCAAGGCCAUGUAGCUCCUGAGCCACAUGGCUGGGAUUUGAACUCUAAAAGUCUACUUCAGUCACCCACCUUUCCACACUUAGAGAUGUGCCUGCUGGCUCCCCCGCCACCUCUCUGCUCCCACUGGGGACCCUCUUCUCUGGGCCAGAGGGAGGUGUCCGGGUGAGGGCAAGGUGCAGGCAAGGUGCAGGCGAGGACAGAAUCAGGGCUGGGACUCAGGACUCCUAAAUGCUUGCCCCCCUUCCCCACGCUCUCAUUCAUCCCACAAACACUUACCAAAGUCCCUGGACCCCAUGGGCACAGAGGUGCCUGAGACAAGACCUUGCCCUGGGGUUGGGGUGGGGCAAUGUACAGUCUGUUCUGAAUUUGGGUGGGGGGUGGGGGGAAGGUGAGAAUAUAGGAAGAAGAUGGGGAGGGGAGGGAGGUUUGUAAUUUAUACCUUGUGUAUUCUCAGAGCUUUUGUUGUACUUCAGCACAUGCGCGCGCGUGCAUACGCACACACACACACACACACACACACUUAGAGACCCACUGUCCCCAGCCCCACCUGAAACAAAUCUUGGAGAGAUCCUAGAUUCAAACUCUUGGGGUUAGAGACAGUUAGGGUCUGCAGAAUAUGGAUAAAAUCUAUAUAUAUAUAUAUAUAUAUAUAUAUAUAUAUAUAUUUUUUUUACAAAAAGAAAGUAUAAAAAGAGUGGAAAGAACUGGAAGUGGCGAGAGAUGGUUAACACUGAAAAUCAGGGUGUUACAGAGAAGCAAGGAGGUUGAGAGAGGGCUGACGGCUACCUCCCACCCCUUUGCUGUUUCAUGCCCCAUCUGUAAACUGGGACCAGUAAGGGUACCUACUUCAUAGGGUUGUUAUAAGGCUUAAAGGAGACGUGCCUGCAAAGAGAUGGCUCAGCACAGAGCCUGGUCUCAGACCUCCGCAGAAGAGCUCAAUAAAGUUAGCUGCUGGUAUUGUGA